AUGAAAAUUUCAGUUUGGUGGGGAGUGAAAUUUUCUCCCGGUGGGCAUGGCUCAUUUUUUGGAUUUUUAAACAGCGGAGUUCAUGUUGUCAUGUACACUUACUACAUGCUGGCUGCUUUUGGUCCACAAGUGCAGAAAUAUCUUUGGUGGAAGAAAUAUUUGACGAUUCUUCAAAUGGCACAAUUUGUGUUAGUUUUCACUCAUGCGAUGCAAUUAUUUGUUCAUAAUCCAUGUCAGUAUCCGCUAAUCUUUGCUUGGUUGUGCAUUUUACAUGCUUUGAUGUUCUUCGUUUUGUUUAAAGGUUACUACAAGAAAACUUAUGAAAGAAUAGAAACAACUAGAAGAGUGAAGCAGUGA